AUGUCUGCUAUUACAACCAAGUUCGUUAAAGACCACAAACUUACCAAUGAAAUGAGUCUCGAAGACCUUAGCCAGUAUGCGCCAGAAAUACUUGAGAUCUUACCAGAAGAUAGAGAGAAAAGGCGUCAGGCUCGUGAUCGUCUUCAAAAAGGGUACAAAUUUAGUAAAGAACAAGCAUUUGCGUUGAUACUUUCUCAAAGAACUGGUCGAACUAAAAGUCAAGUAACCCCCAAAGAAGGAGGGGCAGAAGCGGAAGUGAAUAUAUGCUGUGCUAAAAGCGCCUGCCAAGUAUCAGAUAUUAUCCCAGAAGGAGAAAUUAUUAGAGAAAUGGCUCAGCGUAUUAUGCGGGAUAGCCUUGGCGAAAAAGAAGUAAAACUUAUAGCUAAAGCAUUAGCCGAGAUAUCCCCUAAUCCGGUUGCCUAUACAUCUAGUCUCAGUAGACUCCGAAAGGAAUUGUGGAAGCUUAAUGCCCCAAAGGAGAAGAGUUUAUUAUGCGAAGAUGAAGGAAUUCAUUAUCCGGACCACUUCUCAUUAGAAUCGGUUAAGGAGAGAUUGGAUUUGUAUGAUGUAUCUAAUACACCCGACAAACAGGGCCUAGCUGAUGUAAUGAUUAUGCUCUGUAUCCGUCCAGCUGAAAUUAAAGAUUUACGUAUAUCUAAUGGAGGUGUAACAGGAUAUGUAAAAAACCGAGAUCAACAGGAUAUUCCUCGAGUGUUUAGAUCACUUGAAAAGAAUGAGGAACGGGCAAAGCAAUUGCUUACAUGGAUUCAGGAAGCAAUAUCUUCCGGACGAUUAGGAGACCCGGGGACGCCUGGAACUGGAAUCUUGAGUAGGUUUCUGAAAAAAACUGAAUUUCUUCCCGAAACUGGUAAGCCCUUACUUCCUAGUUCCUUACGUAAUUUAGGAGCUGUAUUUGCAGUUGUAGCGAGUGGGGUUAGGAAUCUAUCGAAAGCUAAUACUAUUGCUAGUCAAGCACUUCGACUAAGGAUGGCGCCGAAAUUGCUUUUCCAAAUUUGCAGUAUUGCGGAUUUAAGAAUUGAAUUGCGCAUAUGA